ACAGUGCUAGCUCAACUGACAGUUUUGGUAAACGAAACUGUUGAAGUGCCAUGCGAUCUGUCAACACGCGGAAUGGCUGAUGUCGCUUUGAUCGUUCUGUGGUACCGUGGGGCGUCUGCAGCACCGUUCUAUAGCUAUGAUCUAAGGCCUGUGUCUGGCGGUAGACACUGGAGUGAUGAGACCGUGUUUGGACAACGUGCCCAUUUUGAUUUAAAAGCAAACCCACCUAGUCUGAAGAUUAAUCCCGUACGACCGGAUGAUCAAGAUACCUACAAGUGCAGGGUGGACUAUGAGAGAGGACCAUCAAGAACUUCUACCGUUCAUCUCUCCGUAAUCGUGCCACCCUCACCUCCUGUUGUUACCGAUGAAAGUGGAUCUCUAGUUGAAGGCAGCGCAGGACCUUACCUUGAAGGAGGAAGAGUCGUUCUAACUUGUAAAACCAUAGGAGGUCGUCCGUCUCCCACUUUAGUAUGGCUGAGAAAUGGACGGAUGGUUGAAGACUCAUACACAGUAGACCAUCGUGGGCAAGUAAGAAACCUGCUGCACCUAGAUAACUUGUCACGUGACCUCUUUAAUGCCUCGUUCACCUGCCGGGCGUCAAACAACAAUAUCACGGAACCACUUGACACUUCAGUGACUAUAAAUAUGACAUUGGCACCUUUAACCAUAUCUUUGGUGAAGGUUGCUGGACCACAGGAGUAUGUAUCUGCUGGCGUGACUGAAGAACUUGAGUGUUCGUCUGCAGGAAGCAUUCCAGAACCUGUCAUAUCGUGGUGGAGAGACGGUCGGCGUAUUCCAAAUCCAGUUGCAAAGGAAAACCAUGAAAUAAAAUCUGGAAAUGCAUGA